GGGUGAGCGAGGGGUCGGGGCCCAGCAGCUCGCUCGCGGCAGAGGGAACAGCAGAUUGCACCGAGCCAAUGGCGAAGGCAGAAUAAGGUGGCACCAAAUUCCCCUUGGCCAAUGGCGCGCUGGGGCGCACAGAGGCAUCAUUAGCAUUUCCCCGGCGGCGGCGGCGGCGGCAGCGGUUGCGGCGGCUGCAUCCUCGGCUCUAUCCCCGGUCCGGGCCCCGGGCCACGGCCCCCUCCACGCCCCGGUGCUCUGUCUCCUCCCCUCGCCCGCCCUCUUGCACCCUCCACGCCGGGCAGCCGCUGCCAACGGCCCCUGCUACGCACUUUGGCCGGAGUUGGCAGCGGAUAAAAGGGGUCUGAGGAAAUCCAGGACACGGUCCCCAGGCGUCAGCUAGGGCCUUUAAAUCCUCCUGGCCGGAGAGGCUAGAGCAGAACGCAUCUGGGUCGUGGACGCAGAAAGAGCUAGCUAGAAAGGCGAGAGCCGCGAGUGAGAGAGCGCGAUCGAGCGAUCGAGCGAUCGAACGAACAGGGCACACGGCCCGGCUCCGAGCGCAAAGCAGCAGCGGGACGGGGCGGGAAGGUGUGGGGUGGAGGGGCGGCCUGCGUCCUCGAAAAGCCGAAUCCUGAGCCCAAGUGCCCCCUCUCCUUCGACAGCUCCAGCCCAGCAAGAGCAAGUCCUGCUCCCGGAGAACCCAGAUGCCGGCCCACUUGCUACAGGAGGAGAUCUCCCCCUCCUACACCAUGACCACCACAACCACCAUCACAGCCCCUUCCUCCAGGGCCCUGCAGAACGGAGCUGCCAAGGCAGCAUCAAAAUCACCUCCUGAGAAGGAUGAAGAGGGGAUCAGCUAUGAGAUGCGGGAUGACGUGUUUGACCCCACUUACCGAGAGAAGGAAGGCCCCAAACCCAAAUUUGUGUAUGUCUGGAGGAACAUCAUCCUGAUGAGCCUGCUUCAUUUGGGAGCCCUGUAUGGACUCUUCCUGCUGCCUUCCUGCCACAUCUACACCCUGCUGUGGACACUUGCAUGCUACCUAGUCAGCGCCCUGGGCAUCACUGCUGGAGCCCACCGCCUCUGGAGUCACAGAACCUACAAGGCACGCCUGCCCCUCAGAAUCUUUCUGACCAUCGCCAACACCAUGGCCUUCCAGAAUGACAUUUUCGAGUGGGUCCGGGACCACCGUGUCCAUCAUAAGUUCUCUGAGACAGAUGCCGAUCCCCACAAUGCCCGACGGGGGUUUUUCUUCUCCCAUGUGGGCUGGCUGCUUGUGCGAAAACACCCGGAUGUGAUUGAGAAGGGCCGUUUGCUUGACAUGUCUGAUGUGAAAGCUGAGAAGCUGGUGAUGUUCCAGAGGAGAUACUACAAGCUCGGCAUCCUCCUCCUGUGCUUCUUUUUGCCCACAUUUGUCCCCUGGUACUUCUGGGGCGAGCAUUUUGCUCACAGCCUGUAUGUUGCCACCCUCCUGCGUUAUACCAUCGUGCUCAAUGCCACCUGGCUGGUGAACAGCGCUGCUCAUAUGUAUGGCAGCCGGCCCUAUGACAAAAACAUCAACCCCCGGGAGAAUAUCCUGGUGGCCCUUGGAGCAGGAGGUGAAGGCUUUCACAACUACCAUCACACCUUCCCAUACGAUUACUCUGCCAGUGAGUACCGCUGGCACAUCAACUUCACCACCUUCUUCAUCGACUGCAUGUGUCUCCUGGGCUUGGCGUACGACCGAAAGAAAGUCUCCAAGGCCGCCAUCCUUGCCAGACGCUCCAGAACUGGUGAAGGAAGCUCAAAGAGCGGCUGAGGCUUCCCUCCCGCCCCCCACCAAGCCAGCUGGGCAGAGGUCUAAUGUUCUCCUUAUUAACUACUGAAUAAUGCUACCAGAUGCUAAAGAUGAUUUUUUUUAACCCAUUCCAAUACAGUAUUCCUUUACAGUGCAAAUGUAUUGAAAGCCAACAACUCUGCCUUUGUGAAUGCUGAAAUGAUCUUGCUUUUCCUCUUCUUCCUUCUCUUUUCCUUCCCCUGUUCUAAUCACCUUUCCCUUUCUUCUUUCCCCUUCCACCUUCACUGCCUCCUAAGCAAACAGCUGGUGUGCCCUGGGCUGGCGGCUCUCUCUCUGAAGCGUCACUGUUAGUGACCUUUUUCCCUCAGUGAUUCUCUUCCUUCUGGCCCUCUCCGACCCCCACCAGGGGUGAGGAGCAAACCUAGAAAGGAAUCAAGGCCACUUUCCUCCUUCAGGGCAGGUGUCGUUCCCCACCAGCGGGAAUAGAGGGUUAUUCUUCUUGGCUGCAGUUUCCUCCUGGAAACUGGGGGGUGGGGUGGGGAGGGAAGUAGCAUGCCUACUAUGAUUGAGAAAAAAGGACAAGUUUGCUGGCCGGCUCCUCAACCUAGUGGGCUUGCUCUGUGUCCCAAAGGCCUGGGAAACCCCAGGCUGAAGGGAUGCGAAAUCAUAAAGGGAUGCUUCCAUAAAGCUUGGGGCAAGGCAGCAUUAAGCACACCUAGGGAACCAAGGGCCAAGAGCUCUAGUUCCUAAUGAAAUUGGCCUGACCUGGAGAGAGACUGGGGAAAAAGUUAAGGAAACAGUGACUCUUUGGAAAAGUAAAACAAACUAACCUCAAUGUCCCCCCCUCUUCCAUCCAGGAGUUUUGGGAGAAGAGGAGGAAGAAUGAAUGUGAUGGCUCCCCAGCCCCUUACUGCUGAGCAGGAGCCCAAGAGGCUGGGGGCAGGGCUUAUAAACAGGUCAAGUCUGAAGGGUCCAAGAUCCUUCCUCUCCCUAUAGAAAAUGCAUUGGAUGCCAAUUGUAGGUGGAUCCAUGGGGGUCCCUUCUGCAGCAUACACACCCUGUUGAUCUUUUCCCACUGUUCUCUCAUACCCUCACGAACCUAAAACAUGCUCGAGGAGGCACAGUUGGGAUUUGGGAGCUAACUCUUGGCUUCCCCUUGCCUUGGCUUCUCUAGUGUCCCUAGCCUCUUCCCCCUCCUGUCUCUGGGCAGACAGCAUCCUUGGCUGGAUUGCUCAGGGCCAGGGAGCAUCGCUGGUUUUUCCCUCUGCAAUGUGGCUGCCCUAUUCAGUUGGCCUGCAUUGCCUCUUCCUUCCCUCACUGCCCCACUAUCCUGCUGACUCAAGGCAGAGCUGGCAAACUUGCCAGGGAAUAUCCCUGGGUCAGAUGGAAACUCAGCUAAUCCCCAACUAAACACCAAUGUCAUCCCAGUGAGCCAGCCACUGGGGAGGGAGGAGGCCUUUUUUUGGUUAUUAUUUUUUUUUAUUUUGCCUCUCAUCCUCAGCAUGCUGGGUGUUCGAUGAUAACUCUGCAAGCCAAGCCCAGGGCUGCUGAGUGGCAGAGGGCUUCUGGCUGGUUUGGGGGGAACUGAGUGAACUGUCUUGAUUGGAAGGGAAAUCAUUGGAAGACCUCACUCUUCCUUCUUGCCUGCCAGAGCUGGUAUAAAGUUCAUACUCGGCCAGUUUUUGGCCCAGCUGGCUUAAGGGAAUGUUGCUACCACCUAGCCAGGGAGACAGGUGUAGGAAAACCCACCACUGGGCCUUGAGGGAUCUAAAAGCACCUUCCCCUGCUCUCCCCUGGCUUUGCUGAUGUCUUACUGGGAAUGCCAGCCUCUUGGGAGAGGGCAGCUUGCUUUCUGUCUGGGUUCUAAGAAUAAGCAGACCUGGGUAGAAAGUUCAGACUGGUCUAGAAACCCAGCCUUCUGAGCUGUUCAUCCCAGUAGGAAAGAAAUAGACAGAAAUGUCCAUGUUUAGUUUAGAUCUGCUGGCCUGUGUGGGCCUACCCUUAAGAGAGGUCUGUUGGGUAUUUUAAUCCCACAGGACAUCACAAAAUAAAUACAAUGAAAACAGCUUGUCUCUUCUAAAAAUGUUCAAUGGAGACCCAUACUCUGACCCUGCACAAAGCCAGAUGGAGUCCUGGCAUCUAUCUUGACUGUCAGGGGAAGGAACACUAUGAGAAGAUGACCAAGCUCAAAGCAAAGAAACCUAUUGAAAAACAAACAAACAAUUCAAAAUGGACUCAGGACUGACAGCCUGAAUUUCCAUUAUUCCUCGCUCUGUGGGCAGGCUAACAAAUUCCUCUGGGUGCCUUCAGUGGGUUCUAAUCAGUAUUGAGGGGGAGUCUGCCUCCACUCGCCUGCUUGCUGCUUUCUCUCCAGCCUUUUUUACCAGAGAGAGCAGCUGGUGGGAGAGCCGAGACCCAGACCCAGCAGGAAAAUUGACAAUUUGUAGGACUGCAUUUCUGUGCUUCAGUUUAGAAAAAAAAAAUUGUUUUUUGUUUUUUCUGUGGGGGCUUUCUUGUUAAGGGGCCCGAAUGGCAGGUGGAAGUAAUUUGAAUGUAUUUGAUUUAGGUUACUUGGUUUUUGUUUUGUUUUUGUUUUGUUUUGUUUUAGAUUAAAAGAUGGUUGCAGCAUUUAAAAUAGAAACUUUCCCCUUGGUUUGCUUGUAUCCUGAACUUCAGCUCACACAAGCCAGAGCAAGAAAUUGAACGAAAUAGAUGGAUGUGUUACUGUAGUGGUUUAGGGAGAGGGGCUCCCCUCCGAGCUCUGCCGCUGACUUGCUGUGUAACUCUGGGCAAGUCACUUAACUAUUCUGUGCCUCAGUUUCCCUGUCUGUUAAAAAUAGGGAUAAUAAUACUGACCUACCUCACAGGGCAGUUGUGAGGCGGGACUAAUGUUUGUAAAGCACCUUGGAAUCCUUCAGCUGAGGAAGCUUCCUACAGGAUGCCAUGGACCUCUACGAGCCUGGCUCUGGGUAGAGAUGGAGUGGCUGAGCUGAGCAUGUUAGGAAGGGGGUGGAUGGGGGGAGGGGGAGGUGAAGCUGGAGAGCUCAGCAACUCUGUUGCUAUGGAAACAUGAGCAAGGAUACCUUUUCCUGGGUUGGGAAUUUUUUUCCUUUAUUUUGGAUCGUAGUAUCUGUGACCUGCAAAGAAUAAUUUUGGAAUAAUUUCUAUUAAUAUUGACUCUGAAGUCAUUUACUGAUCUGAGAUUGUGUUUGUUCAUAAUAAAAGUGAAGUGAAUCGGAA